AUAUGUCAUAGUUGGCCAGAGUUGUUAAAAUCUAAAUAAAAUCACAUCGCGAAUUUCGCCAAAGGUUUUGCAAACACAGUAAUUUUUAAUAGUUUAUAAUUUUAAAAGCACCAUGAGUAGUAAAUCAUAUUUCGAUGAACCUGGAGAUGGUGGCGGCAAAUUGUCAAAGAAAGCGAAGGAUUCGCCCUUCAUGGUUGUGGGUUUGGCAGGUUUUGUUGCUGCCGGCCUUAUCGGAGCAUACAAAUACAGACAUCGUGGAACAAUGAGUACCAGCGUCUUUCUCAUGCAACUUCGUGUGGCGGCCCAAGGAACAGUAGUUGGCUGUCUGACGUUAGGAUUGGCGUACACGAUGUAUAAUCAAUAUAUCGUGAAAAAGCCGAAAGAAGAUACAGCAAAUUUAUCCAGUUGAAAUUGUGAAGAUGUUGAUUGGCCUUUUGUAUUUUUGUUUUGUUUAAGAAAUUCAAUUUUACUAACAUUACUAUCCAACAUUCAUACAAUUUCAAUAAGGAAGCAAACGAGCGAGUUCAUACAAUAGGAUUUCAUGUCAUACCACGUACACUCUCAAUCCCUACCAUUACUCAGGAGAAUCCUAUUGACCUGUGAUAUACAUCUGAAGAAAGUUGAUUGUAAAUUGCAUGAAAACGCACUCUUUUUGUUUAUUUGCGUUACAACUAACAAAUAAUUUAUAUCAUAGUUUAAUUCAAUGACAUUUAGAGGAAAAAAAAACAAAAAUGAAUGAAUGUGUAUUGUACAAAAUAAAUCGAACGAAAACUAUUUACAAUUUGAAGUA